AUGGAAGCCGAGUCGAUUUUGGACUUCCACACUGAGCACGAGGAGAUUCUCGUAAGUUUCCAGCUUUUUUGUUUCUUUUGGUGGAAAUUAUCCGUUUCAGGCUGCCCGACAGCGCUCCGUCACCCGCGAAAACCAGAUUCUGCUGGCGAUCGCCCUCGUCGGCUCAGAAAAGCAAUCCGAGAUUCGGGAAGGCGUCUCCAUUCUUGAAGGUGAGCGAAACACCGCAAGCGUUCCCAUGAUUCCGUUGGAAACCCCGGUUUUCUACCAAUUCUGAGCAAUAUUUCGCAAUAACCUGGAAAAAUGUUAUUUUUUGCAGAAAUAGUCAAGGACUCCAUUCACAGCGAGGAUUCGAGAGUCUGUGUGCACUACCUUGCUCUUGGACAUGCCCGUCUUCAGGUAAUUCGCGAAAUUUCAAAAAAAUUCUGGAUAUUUUUAAAUGUUCAUUUCAGAACUAUGACAAAUCGGUGCAUCUGCUGGACGCCCUCCUACGGACGGAACCGGCGAACAUGCAGGCGACGGAGCUGCGACGUGUCAUCGGAAAGAAAAUGAAAAAAGACGGACUGCUCGGACUCGGACUGCUCGGAGGCGCCGCCGCCAUCGUCGGAGGCCUCAUGAUCGCCGGAUUGGCCCUGAAGAAAAAGUGAACAUCUGCCAAGAAUACGAACGAAGAAGAAACAGUCAAUCAGUGCCAGACAUUCCAGCGAUUUCCCGGAUCAAAAAUCUCUUUUGCAUGUAAAUUAUUCACCGAUAAAUUUUGUGUAAAUUUAAUUUUUAUCGCUUUGUUUUUCCGUGUUCGUUAAUUGCUUUUCCCCUUGUUUUCCGGAAGUCGCGAGAGAAAUGCAUUUCAUCAUUGACUCACAAAAAAGGAAACUUCCCAUGCCGGGAAUCGAACCCGGGCCGCCACAGGUGAAAUGCGGAGGGAGCAUACAGGAAAAACGCGAACAGCGAAGAAUCACUGAAGGAUUAGAUACGCUAACCACUGAGCGUGAACAAUCGGCAACUGAACUCCCGUUUCGCCGAUUACUGACUCCUCAGUGAUUCCUCACUUCCCAGCGUUCCGCUCUUCUCGUUCACGUCGCUCAUAGCUCGCUUGUUUUCUGUUUCACUUCAGUCUUUGCCUUUUUUCACUCGGACCAAGGUAGCUUUGUGAUGGUUCAAAUAACAAUUAUAGGAAAAUUGAGAACAAGUCCAAGUAGUCAAAGGACAUGAAUGAUAUCGCAGUGUUUUGCCCUUGCGGUCAGAAAACUGCUCGUCGCUUUCGUUCUUAUGGGGUUAUUCAGGCUGUGAAAAAAAUAAUUGUUUUCCGUUUUUUUCGUUUUUUCACGUCAAAAAAUCCAAUUCAGCGAUGUAAAAAACGAAAAAAAAACGGAAAACAAACAUAUUAUAGGGGCACCGGACAGAAAGGGCGCGCUGUUCGCAAUCUGGCCGAAUUUCUAGGCCACGAAGUAAUUUUCCACUGAAAAUGUGGCCUAACUUUUCAAACUCGACCCCGAGGUCGCUCAAUUUGCACUGCAAAAAGAGUUUCUCAACAGAGCACCAUUUCUGUGCGGUGCCCCUAUAAUAAAUUCCCGUAUUUUUGAAAUGUUUACUAUUUCAACGUGGUGAUUUAAUAUGGUGAACUCGUGAACGACUUUCGUUAUCCUAUGGGUUUUUUCUGCGUUUGUCAGAUAAAUGUUUAAAAGGAAAUAUAACGGCCAAGUUAAAUAAAAAACUUCAGUUUCAGAGAGGUCUCAUCUGCAUAACCUUACACUCAACUACGCUCAUACUAUUAUGUUCAUACCCUUUCUCCAAACUUGUUCAUCUGACGUUUUCCUUCAGAAUAUUCAAAACAGUCCUCAAAAACGACAUUUCUCGUGCGAGACAGUAUCAAAGACCACCAACCGACCAUGCCAUUUGCGUGCUCUUCUCCUCCGUUUCCUCUCCGUCUGCGUCGCCGAUCCCUCUCGCUCGUUUUCUCUGCACCCUCUCAAUUCUCCACACUCUCUCUCUCUGUCCUAUCUUUUGCCAAUUCCUAACUAAAUACCCCCUUCGGUCAUGUCAUCUUUCAGUUUUUUCAACGUUUUUGCUCCGAAUUCGAGUCGAUUCGACGGUCUCAAGUUUUGAAAUAAUACUGUUUCAUCUAGCCUAGAUCUAGGUGCUACAUUUUUCAAGAUGAUUUUUCUUUUUGCGCUAUUCUAAAUUUCGAUUCAGGGUCAAUUAUGUCCACCGGAAUCCGUCGGCGACAUGCCGACGAAAAGCAGAAGAACCUUCUGGAUCCGAGUGUGAACGAAGAAGCGCAGAGGGACCAGGAGCGUUUGGAUCCGAGUUUACUAACGUACUGACGGGCCGGAUGGCCGAGAUUUCUAAAUGACAUUUCUAGGUCAUCGCACUGGAAAUUCAUCGCACUUUUCUACCUGGCACUCAUCUGUGCAACCACUUUCCUGCACAAAUGUCUGCCAGAACCAAAGGAUUCGAACGACGGUAACUCUUUUCAUAUCCCCAUAAUUAAUACCAUUAAAAUCAGCAGACGAAACUCAAUUCUCGGAGAAAAGAGCGGUGAAAGUGCUGCAAGAGCUGUCGGAUUUCGGCUGGAAACCGGCGGGAAGUUACAAUUGCGAAGAGCUCACGAGGAAUCGGAUUCUCAGAGAACUGCACGACAUUCGAGCACAAAACGACGCCGUUGCGGGUCUGCGAUUCGAUAUUGACACGCAGUACGUCUCCGGAUGCUUCGAUAUUCCAGUGCAUGACACCGAGGGAAUGAACAUUUGCUAUCGGAAUGUGGGUUUUUGAGGGGAUUUCGAGGAGAAGAAUGAUAUGAAUUGCAGGUGUCAAAUGUGAUGGCGAGGCUCGGGAAGGGAGAGAAAAAGGAUCAGAUCUCUGUGCUUCUCAACUGCCAUUACGAUAGUUGGCCGACGAGUAAUGGUGAGAUUUUACUGUUGCACCCGGCCAUUUUUAGUAGUGCGCGAACUGUUUUCUUUUCAGCCGGAAGCGACGACCUCUCCUCGUGCGCUCUGAUGCUCGAGCUCAUUCGUCUCUACUCCCGCAACCCGCGCCUCCUCAACCAUGACGUCAUCUUCCUGUUCAACGGUGCCGAAGAGUCGUCGCUUUUGGCGGCUCACGGAUUCAUCACUCAGCACAGUUGGAGACACGAGAUCCGCGCAUUUAUAAACCUGGAGGCGAGUGGAUCCGGCGGACGGGAACUGCUGUUUCAGGCCGGUCCCGCUAACCAAUGGCUUUUGAACUCGUACCUGGAGGCUGCCGUUCAUCCGCAUUGCAGUGUGAUCGGACAGGAAGUGAGUUGGAAAGGAACACUUUGAAUGACUGGAAAGUUGGUUCAGGUCUUCCAAUCGGGGGUCUAUCCGGGAGACACCGACUUUCGAAUCUUCCGUGAUCAUGGCCGAGUGCCGGGCCUCGAUCUCGCCUUUGUCCAGAACGGAUAUUGGUGGCACACGGAGUUCGAUACGGCCGAACGGAUAACGAGCGGAUCUUUGCAAAGAGCCGGCGAGAAUGUGUUCGCCACUCUGAACCAUCUGCUCAAGAGUCCGUACUUGGAGAGCCCCGCGGAGUAUGCCGAUCGGAAAACGGUAUUUUUCGAUUUUCUAGGUAUCGUUUCACUUUCCUUCCUCUUCGUCUAGUACUCUGUUCCUUUUCAGGUCUGUUCGUCGUGAUCUACCCCCUUUCCUUCGCCCAUUUCAUCAAUCUAACAUCGAUUCUCACCACCUUCUCCCUCACCCUUCACCAAUUGUACACUCGUCCCGCUCAAACUCUCCUCGCCCUCCGCGACUAUAUUCUGACGAUUCUGACGAUGGCGGCGGUCCUCAAAGCCAUGACAUUCAUGUCUCUUUUCACGUACGGAGCACUCCGAUGGUACACGAGGCACUGGCUGGCGCUGCUGGCCUACGGACUGCCGUGCAUUUGGGCCGGCAUCUCGGUCCAAGGCCUUUUGUCGGCUAGACUGGCCCCGAAGGCCCGGGUCGAGUACGCAUCCGCUCUGGAACUUGUUCAUUUGACACUGAUCUCGGGCAUUCUGCUGGUUUUCACUUAUUACGACGUCGCCAGCGGAUUCCUGUUCGCCCUGCUGCUGGUCCCACUGAUCAAGGCGCUCGCUGUUCACUUCGGAGCCUGGCCGACGCGACCGAACCUCAACACCCUCCUGACGCUGGCCAUUUCCGUUCCGGGCUGUGCGAUGGCAAUCUACACCACCGAAAUGCUCCUCUCCACUUUCAUUCCGAUCAUGGGCAGAAGUUCGUACAACCCGGAGCCAGUUGUCUCUUUUUUUGUCGCCUUCUCGGCCGCAUGUAUUGUUUUGUCGUUGGUUAGUAGUACAUUUCUUUACAUUUUCUUUGGCUCAACUUUAUGUUUCAGGCCGGAUUGGUUGCCAGAAGUCGGAACUCGAGGCCCGUCAGCGAGGCCGGAUUCCUCGAGUUCUUGUACAAUCUGAUGGGCGUCCUACUGGUCACCCUCACAAUUUUGUACGUGUUCUCCAGCUUCUGGCCCUCUCCCUACCGCUUCGACGAACGAUAUCCGACCGCAAAACGGACCCAGUUCUUUGUGAGUCUUUUCGAAGUCGGGUUCUUCUGAAUUGAAUGAUUUGCAGCACGUCAAUCAAAUGUUCUACGAUCGAAACGGACAAUUGUCGGUGAACGAGACGCGGUUCUACGCGAUUUCGCACGAUUUCCGCGGCGCCGAAGACAUUCCGUUCGUGAAGAGCGAUGCGGAAUACACGGGACUUCAGUGCCAUUACGAGAACAAUCCGUGGUGCGAGGUUCCGUUUCUGUUUCCCACGAAACGACGGCUCAACGAUCGGAACGUGAGAGUUCGGGUGAUCGAGGAGAGACUGAAAUUCCGGAAUGGAGUCAAGAUUCUCGGGGUUUCGAAGAGACACGGCGUUGCGGAAGGCGGAAAUGGCAACAUCGAGUACACGUUCUCGGUGAUCGGAACCGGUCAGAUCUCGGCCUACAUCAUCCCGGAUGCCACGUGGCUCAUCACGAACACCUCUGUCACUCAACCAACGGUCCCCCAGGAGAAUAUGUUCCUCUACUUCACAUGCUCCACGCCCAACAACGUUUGUGAAUGGAUCUUUAGGAUUACUAUCAAAGUAAGUGCCACUGUAUAAUGACUUUGAGAAAUAAUCCACAUGAUUUCCAGAAAACCACGCAAACCCCAUCGGACGAGAAGCCGCUUUUGGUCGGAAUCUCGAGUCACCACUUGCACGGACCGCAAAUGCAGUCCGAAUCGAUCAAGAACAUGAUCAGCAGGAUCAGAGAGAACCGGGUGCACAGCCCCGAAUGGACUGUGACCGCCAGUGCGUGGAAUGUCGAUCAGGUCUACAAGUACUUCUAG